GACAGCAACUGAAUAAUCUUGUUUGUUUUAAACAUCUCAAGUUUCACAAUGAGUACAAUACAUUUAAGUCACUUAAUCAGAAUCUAGUGAUCUAUAUAUUUCUAAUUCUAGUCAGCCAUUAUCGAAUGUUAUCACUUUUAUCAUGGGUGACUUCAAAUGUUAUCAUUUAUCAUUAGAUGUUAGGAUAAUUAAUCUCAAAGCUGGUAUGCAUCCAGUAAUUUUUAAUGCCAGUUGAUUAUGUGCCGGGAUUAGACGAGAUUGUUAAAUUACACCGUGGAAAAAAUCUACAUUUUUCUUCGGAUAUUGACAAAGCAAUAGAUGAAGCUGAAAUGAUUUUUAUCUCAGUGAAUACCCCAACAAAAAACUGGGGCCUCGGUAAGGGUAGAGCAACUGAUCUGACUAACUUGGAGGCUGCAGCUCGACGUAUAGCUAAAGUAUCACGACAACCCAAAGUUAUAGUUGAAAAAAGUACAGUACCGGUGAAAGCAGCAGAGACUACAAGUACCAUACUUCAAUUUGAAGCUAAGUCUCGUCGUAACAUAUCCAGUCUUACAAUAACAACUAAUAAUAAUGAUAAUAAGCUUAAUGAAUUUGUAGUCUUAUCGAAUCCGGAAUUUCUAGCUGAAGGUACUGCUGUCAAUGAUUUAUGUAAUCCAGAUCGUAUUCUAAUUGGUGGUGAUUCACAUUCGUCAUCUGGUAAAUUAGCAAUUGAAAUGUUACGUUGGAUAUAUUUACAUUGGGUACCAGCAGAACGUAUACUUAUUACAUCGACCUGGUCAUCGGAAUUAUCUAAAUUGGCAGCUAAUGCUUUUCUUGCUCAACGUAUUAGCAGUAUCAAUGCUAUCUCGGCUAUAUGUGAACAAACAAAUGCUGAUAUUAAAGAAGUGUCUAAAGCAAUCGGUACAGAUCAUCGAAUUGGUCCAUAUUUUUUAAAUGCUAGUCUUGGCUUUGGUGGUAGUUGUUUUCGUAAAGAUAUUUUAAGUUUGAUGUAUAUAUCAGAGACAUUGAAUUUACCAGAAGUAGCUUCUUAUUGGUAUAGUGUACUACAAAUGAAUAAUUAUCAAAUUAAUAGAUUUACACGUAAUGUAAUUGAAAAAUUGCACAAUACAUUAAAAGGAAAACGUAUUGCAAUAUUUGGCUUCACUUUUAAAGCAGAUACAUAUGAUACAAGAAGAGGUUUUGUGGAGAUUUUAGAAAUUUGAAUAGUUGAAAUCAUGAGUCAAUUGAAGCUAGACCACCAUGAAAAACCUUGAAGCAGUAGACGGCCGUUUCGUUCUAGUAUGAGACUCCUCAGCAGUGCGCAUCCACGAUCCCGCCCCCGCGAGAUUCGAACCCAGAACCUAUCGGUAUCGCGCGCGAGCGCUUGACCAUUAUGUUUACGUAUUAUGUAAAUAUUAAUCAUUUGUUAACUAAUUACAUUUCUCUGUCAAUACGUUAGUUUAAAUCUCCAUUUCAUCAAUGCAUUUUUUACUUGUAUUCACAUUAUCAUCGUUUUUUUCUUUAAAAAAUAUUAGAGAUAGUCCUGUGAUACCAUUGUGUAAUCAGUUAUUACAAGAACAGGCUGAACUAGCAAUCUAUGAUCCUAAAGCUCUUCAUAAACAAAUUGAAUCAGAUUUAUUAAUCAAUGAUAAUCAAGAUUCAUUUAGUCAAUUCGUUCACAUUUGUUCUACGCCUGAAGAAGCUGUCACCAAUGCCUAUGCUAUUCUGAUAUGCACAGAUUGGAAAUGUUUCCAAGAAUAUGAUUAUGCGAAAUUUUACCGUUUAAUGACGAAACCAGCAAGAAUAUUUGAUGGACGCAUUAUAUUAAAUCAUAAACAAUUAAGUCAAAUAGGUUUUAUUGUUGAAGCAAUUGGUAUUGCAUCAGAAAGUUUUACCAUGAAUGGUUAUGUUGAAUAAUAAUAGUAGUAAACAGUAGUAAUACAAUUUAAUAUAUUAGUUAUUAUUACUUUUAUUCUUGACAUCAGCUUCGGCCUUCUAUGUUUAUUUAUUUAUUUAUUUCAUCUUUCGUUUCUUUUGGUAGUAUUUUGUUAAUUUUGAUUCUUAUGAAAUGUAGAAUGUUGGCAAUAAAGAAAUUCCUGUAAUUAUGACUGCAUAUUGCUUCUUUUUGUGUUCUUCUGUUAAAACAUGCACAUUCACAUAUCUGAUUUAUGAUAUUUUCAUUACAAAGCCCCCCCCUCAAAGAAUACAACGUAAAACUGGAACCAAUUUAUUUCCAACUACACUCCAAUUUGCUUUCAUUUUGUAUGUUUGUGUAUAUGUGCUUUGUUCACACAUAUCCAUUGUCUAAAGAUAGACAAUGUAUUGUCAGUCUAUGCACACCUAUCUUGUAUUAUUCAAAAUUGUGUUUAUGCCUGUAUCUAGUGUCUAGUAAAUGUUAUAUUAAUGUACCGUUUAUCCUCAGGAGCUUGUGUUCUUUUUUCGGUUUAAAAACAAUAUAAUUCUCUAAUUUAUUUUGUACGCUGAAAUAAUUUCCACUGUUAGCUUUUUUAUGUAUAAUUUAUUUUUAUUACUGAUGACUUAUGAAAGUGUAAUCUUUCAAAAAUGACGACAAAAUACUUUUCUUACACCUUUAUUCUUAUUCUAAUACACAGUAACUUUUAACUUUAUUAAACAAGAUAUUAUUGAUACUACUGUGGUGUGGGCUACUGAUUUCGACAUAUAUAAGUAGUAUGUAUUUACAAUCCACAGUGGAAUACCUAACGAUAAAAGAUUGAGAAAAUCAAAGAGAAGAGAACAACAAAUUCUGAGACAAUUGAUGGAUAUUCUACAAAUGAAGUAUUUACUAUAUGGUUCUCAGAUUUUACCAAGAUAUUCUGCAAUGUAUUGAAUUACAUAUAUGUGUCUCCAAUGGUGUUCUCGUUAACUACACUACUACUGCUACUAUUACUACUAAUAAUUAUAAUCAUAAAUCGAUUCUCAAUUGUCAUUUUUUCCCCUAUCACUUGUAAUUUCUUCCGUAAACUGUUUACCAUUGAAAUGGAUAAUGACCCAGUGAUUUAUUCUGACUGAAUGAUUAUUGUUUCAACAAUUAUUUUGAUUUGCUUCGAAUUUUGUCUACUUUCAUUCACUUCUUUUUCUUGUUUUCUUUUUCAUAAAUCAUUCCUGUUUAUUUUAUAAAGCAAAUUAUCUAUGAAUCCGGUUGUGAUGAUGUCUUUUAUUAAAAUGUACAAAUCAUGAAAAAUAUUCACUUUCUUGCAUAACAAUAGUACUGUUUUAUUGUGUUGUUAACCAUCUGAAAUAAUUUUAGUAAAUCAAACUACAGUAUACAUUCUUUGCUAAUUAUGUUCAUUUUUAAAACAGUUUAGUGUUUAUUAUGAAUUGAAUAUUGUUAUUUUAUAUAUCGACUAAUUACAUAUUUGAACAAGGAGGUUUUAUCAGUCAGCGUAGAUAAAACAUUUAAACAAAUAAAUUUGACUAUUUAUACUUAUUGAUCAUCAUUCUAAAUAAUAAUAGAAAUAAGGUGGAAAUCUGAACAUGUUUACGAAAAACAUCAUUGAAAUCCCUAAUCCUCAUCGAUUUCAAUAUGUUGACAACAAAUAAUUUUUUGCUUUGUUUUUAACCCCGCUGGCAACUAGACUUUCUUAUCUUAUCAUUUGAUAAAAAAGACUACAAGAGUUGUAUUUAUUUAUUGAUUAGUUUAAUUACAGUACCACUAUUAUCUGAUCGUAUCAUCAGUAAACAAAAAAAUUGAAAUACAUAACUCAUUUUUGGUGUACUCGAUUGUAGGAUUUGUAUGUUUUCAUUUAUUUUUAACUGUUUAUCAUUUAUUUGUCUUUAAACGUAUUCGUUGCUUAGGUUAUAUUUAAUAUUAAAAAAACAUUAGUCUGACUGUAUUGUAAAUUUUCAAUCUUUACUUUCCAAGAUAACAAGAUAUUUUAGUUCAAGUUUCAAAUAAAUGAUCGUUCAGUAACUGCUAUUAUGAUGUAAUUGAACUUUACAUUUCUCUCUCAAUAUUUAUUUUUAAUGUUAGCUAACUAUUUUUCAAUGAUACUUUCACAGUGCAACUCUAGAAAAAUAGACUUAUAAGCAGAGAUAUUAUCAUGCAUUACAGAAACAGUAAAUAAAUUCGAACACUUCACUUCUUUCUGAAGUUUAUGCUGAUGAUGUCGUGCAGAAUAGCAAUGAAAGCUUCAUAAACAACCAUCCAGCUCAGAGAACAAAACUCCACCAAAUAAGUUACAGUUUGAUUUUUUUUGUAUUAUGUGAUGUUUAGAAUAUGUAUCACUUUUUCUGGUAAUUUAACGAUAACAAAAGAGUCUAGAUAGCUAUGAUGUACUCGUUUAGUCUUAAUGACACGAAUAACCUGUUGAUUUAGUUGUAAAUAAUAUUUUUUAGUAAAGUAGUUAAUACCUGUGUUACUAAGCCAUUUUAAAUGUUAUAACUAUUACAAAUGGACAUUAUUCCUCACUCUUAACUUAAUUGAUUUUCCAAGUCAUAAAUAAUACUAUACAAUUUUUAUAAUAUCAAAUCACUACUACUUAAAAUAAACAAUCCAGAAUCGUGUAUGCAUACUGCUUAAUAGUCCCAUACUAAGACGAAAUGGCCGUACAGUGCUUCCACGUAUUCCAUAGUGAUCUAGCUUUAAUUAACUCAAUAAUUCAACUAAUAAACUUCAGAAUGUGAUUUACUGAUAAAUAAUUCUUCUUAUAAGAAAUAUUUCAUUUUUCUACUUUAAUCUGUAAUAAUUUAAUCUCUUGUAAUGACUUUAUGAUAUUUCGUUAGCAAGGAUGACUUUUGGUGUUGACCUUCCUUUCUUUUUUUUUUCCAAAAUUUUGUGAAUUUGUACAAUAGACACCAAUAUAAUAAAUGUCAGUU